CUGAAUUAAACAUGAAUACUUAUAACUUGCAUCUUUCGUCUUAAGGUGCGAACCGUUGACAACCAUCAUGGUUUUUGAUGCAUUUGAAUGUUUGCCCAUUUGGAUUGUGUUUUAGAACACUCAUAUUUCUUUGUGGCUGUGUCUUGAAUAUCACCUCAAAGACGCUGCACAGUACACAGUUGCACUUACUAUAGUUGCAUAAUAUUGAUUAUAAGCUGCUUCACAUAAUUAUAGUCAAGGGAAUCAUUUCAACUUAAUAAGAAGCAAAUCGUUUGAAUCGCAAUCAUGGUUUUGCAAGGUACAGAACCAGAACUCCAGUCGUUCCUUUCAGAUGAAAAAUCUAAGAUGAAUGAAGUACCGCAAAAUAUACAAAAACCUACCAAAAUUGUUAAGAAGGAUGAAGUCUCACAUCUCAAUGGCAUUGAUUACUUUGAUCCAUUCCUUGAGAGAAACUUGGAACACUCAACCACCAACGGUGAGACCCUAACUCAUUUAUUCAAAGCUUCUCUAGGAACUGGCAUCCUGGCGAUGCCGCUAGCUUUCAAGUGUUCGGGACUUAUAACUGGGAUAUUCGCAACAAUGUUUGUGUCAUUUGUGUGCACGUAUUGCUCAUAUUUACUGGUUAAAUGCGCUCACACGCUCUACAGGAGAACAAAAGUGUCGUCUAUGAGCUACGCGGACGUAGCUGAAGUGGCGUUCGCUAACGGACCUGAAUGGUCUCGAAAGUUCUCAUCGCUAACUCGACAGUCUAUUCUCUGGCUUCUAUUUGUUACAUACUUUGGAACGUGCAGCGUGUACACAGUGAUCAUUGCCUCUAACUUUCACCAGCUGUUCACAUACCACAUGAGUUACGAACUGAACCUCCGGUAUUUUAUUGCGAUACUGCUCAUCCCACUCAUAUUACUCAGUUACGUGCCCAAUCUCAAAUAUUUGGCGCCUGUGUCUAUGGUUGCCAACCUGUUGAUGGCUGCUGGUCUGAGCAUCACAUUCUAUUACAUGCUAUGUGAAAUACCUAGCAUUUCAAAAAGGCCAACUGUGGGGUCCUUUGAAACGUUCCCUACAUUUUUUUGCAUCACUGUGUUUGCCAUGGAAGCCAUUGGAGUCGUAAUGCCGUUAGAGAACAAUAUGAAAACACCAAGAAAUUUUUUAGGAGUUUUCGGUGUGUUGAAUGUUGGUAUGGGUGGCGUGACCAUUAUAUAUAUUCUGCUUGGUUUCUUCGGUUACUUGAAGUAUGGCGAAGCAACAGAAUCGAGUAUAACAUUAAACCUACCCACCGAGGAUGUUGCUGCUCAAGUGGCUAAAAUAUGCAUCAGCUUAGCUGUGUUCUGCACGUACGGCUUACAGUUUUUUGUUUGCUUGGAAAUUACUUGGACCAAAAUUCAAGAAAACUUUGAAAAAGCCACAAUCUACCAUAAUUACAUCUUGAGAACGGUUUUAGUAACUAUGUCUGUGAUAAUUGCAGUGGCUGUACCAACAAUCGGUCCGUUCAUUGGGCUUAUUGGUGCCUUCUGUUUCUCGCUACUCGGGAUUGUUAUGCCUGUGGUUAUAGAGUUUGCCACAUACUGGGAAAACACAACUGUGUGGAUGACUGUUCGAAACACAGUGCUGAUCGCGAUUGGUAUAAUAGCGCUAAUUUUUGGCACCGCGAGCAGCGUUACUGAUAUCAUUACUGCGUAUGAGCCUUAUGCCACCCAAGCUGUUAAGUCCUCCAUCAACUCCACACUGACUAAUUCAACUGCUCAAUGACUAAAAAUUUGGUUAUAUCAUCAACUACUCAAUUCUCACAAAAUUUAGAACUUAUGAUUAUAUAUAAAUUCUUAAACGCUUAUUUUUUUUAUUUUUUAUUCUUGGCAAAUAAAUAUAUAUGCCACA